UCGCAGUGGGCGGCCCUGCUUCCGGCCGGUGGCCCGGGACCAUGGCGAGCCUGGACGACGGCCUGACGGUGCCCGUGUGGCUGGCGGAGGACGACCUGGGCUGCAUCAUCUGCCAGGGGCUGCUGGCCUGGCCGGUCACGCUGCCCUGCGGCCACAGCUUCUGCCGGGCCUGCCUGCAGGGCCUGUGGGGCGCGGGGCGCCGCUGGUCCUGCCCCACCUGCCGCGAGGGCGGGUUUCCGUCGUGUCCUUGCCUGUUCCUGUAUCCAGGCUGCACACUCUAUGUAGAGCUGAUUCCUGGGUCCAGCUUUGGGUUCUGCUUUGCUCUUUUAAAGGCGGCGGCACCGAAGAGCAUCCCAGAAGCUGGUCGGGAGCUGGCAGAGCUGGUGGAACGGCUUGUAGACAUCGCCAGGAGCCUUCAGAAGCAGAGGCAGCUCCCAGAAUCUGGGCCGGAGAACAAACUGAACGUCCUGGGCAUGGCUUUUUCUGGUGGGGUGGACCAUUCCUUGAUUUCUCCAAAGCUAGCGACUUCCAACAUAGCUGAGGACAAAAUGAGAGACAUUCUACAUGACCUAGAAGACAUCCGGAGGAAAUUGCAAGAAAACUUCACGGGGAAAGAGCCGCCUAAAGAACAAAGGCAGGUUAAACUCCCAGAAGGUCUGUCUUCUUCCUCAUGCCCACAGACUGACCAGAGCCUUCUUUCAUCCAGGUUUGUUCAAUGGGCUGUCAGUCCAACCUUUGACCCGAGGAGCCUGCCCGUUAGCCUGGAGCUGUCGGAGGACCGCAGGAAGGUGACUGUAACUCCCAUCCCACAGGUUUAUGACGGGAGUCACACCAGGUUUACAAUCUGCCAGGUCUUAUGCUCCCAAGCCUUCUCUUCUGGGCAGCAGUACUGGGAAGUGGACACUCAGCAGUGCAGUCACUGGGCAAUUGGCGUGGCUUCCUGGGGGAUGAGCCGCAACCAGAUGCUGGGAAGGACCCGGGACUCCUGGUGCAUGGAGUGGAAGGGAACCAGCCAGCUCUCGAUGUGGCACAUGGCCAAGGAAACUGUCCUCGGCUCAGAAAAACCUAGGGUGGUGGGCACCUGGCUGGACCUCGAGCGGGGGAAGCUUGCCUUCUAUUCAGUGGCUAAUCAGGAGAAACUUCUGGGCGAGUGCCCAGUCUCCGCCUCCUCGCCCCUGCACCCUGCCUUCUGGCUCUAUGGUGUACUUCCCGGAAACUCUCUGACUAUAAGGCAGGUAAAGGUAUAAAGGUUAAAACACCUUGGUUUCCUGUCCUCUUUCUCUGCCUUCAAGAAUCCCACUCCUGAAGUUAAGGGUUGUGUAGUGAAGGGUUAACUCUGCACUGUCCAAAGAAAGGAAGGCCCUGGAACGUAAUCUCUAAUCCUUUGGAAUAUCCUGCCUGAUAAGAGUGUCUUCGUUCACCUGGGGGCCUUCGGCCGGGAGGUGUCAUCAACUUGACCUUGGGAGAGGCUGGAGACGAAGGUCAGCCACCUGGUUGGUGAGGCCUGUCUACCUGACUGACCUCCGCUGAAAGACCUGGAUGCCAAGGCCUGCAUGACUUUCCCUGGUUGACAAUACUCCUUGCACAUUGUCACACAUCGUUGCUGGGAGAAUUAAGAAUUGUCCAAAUGACUCCACUGGGAGAGGAUAAUUGGUGUCUCCUGGCUGCUGCCCUAAGUGCCUUCUUUUUACUGCUGAUUUUAAUCUGUAUCUUUUCACUGUAUAAACUGUAUAACAGUUCUGCCGAGUUCUGACAAUCCUAGUGAAUCACUGAA